AUGAUAAAAUCAGCCAUUAUUGGCGGGGGUCCCAUCUCCAGCGUGCACUUCAUGAGAGCACUGGGUGGGUGGCCGUCUCGGGAGCCUCCCACCACUAACACUAGUCAGGACCACGUGUCCUUGUGGGGGUCAAGUAGUGUGCGAGGAUCACAGGGAGUGAGAGGAUCACAGGGAGUGAGAGGAUCACAGGGAGUGAGAGGAUCACAGGGAGUGCGAGGAUCACAGGGAGUGCGAGGAUCACAGGGAGUGCGAGGAUCACAGGGAGUGAGAGGAUCACAGGGAGUGAGAGGAUUACAGGGAGUGCGAGGAUCACAGGGAGUGCGAGGAUCACAGAGUGAGAGGAUCACAGGGAGUGAGGAGGAUCACAGGGAGUGCGAGGAGUCACAGGAUCACAGAGUGCGAGGGAGUGCGAGGAUCACAGGGAGUGAGAGGAUCACAGGGAGUGAGAGGAUUACAGGGAGUGCGAGGAUCACAGGGAGUGCGAGGAUCACAGGGAGUGAGAGGAGCAGAGGGGUGGAGUUUAAAGCCCUAGGUGUGGAAUGUAAAGGCAUGGAUAUAGAGUUUAAAAGCCCAGGUGUGGAAUGUAAAGGCCCGGGUGUGGAGUUGAAUGGACCAGGUGUGAAUUUUCAAGGCCCAUGUGUUGAAUUUUAA